ACACCCGAUUCACCUCCAUUUUGAAGUACUGAACACACCACUCCUUGUUCCAUUUUAGGCCGCGAGCUCCUCCACACCCAAGCAGCCAGCAUUGACAUUUGAAGCAUGGCAGAAUGAGGCACUUUCCCGCAUUCUUCUUGUCUCCUUGAACGAGAACGCACCUGCUCCCAUGCUUUUCUUAUCCAGUCUUGCACAAGAGUUAAAGGAAGAGAAAGAACCAUUGGCUAUUAGCCAAGCGUCUUUAGAUCGUGUACUCGUUGAGCGCAUGUCGGUCGAUCCGAACGAAGAAUCCAACGCGCAUCUCUUGGGACGCGGACAACUCCAAUUUUCUCUGUUCGACUAUCUGCUAGAUUGCUGGAAGCGCUUGGAAACCGUCAAGCUGCAGACAUCGCGAGCAAAAGUAUGUAUAUCGUGUCACAUUUAACCUUGUUGUGUGCAUUGUAAACAUCGCUCCCAG